AUGCUCCUCCCGCCGCCGAACAAAACCCUCAAGGGCCACAAGCUCCUCAUCCUCUCGUCGUGGACGCCGCCGCCCGAGUACAUCGAUAAGCUGAAGUCCGAGUACCCGGACCUCGCCGUCGCGCAUCACAAGCUGGAAUUCUCCGACAAGAAGCCCGGCGCCGGCUUCAACCCGGACGAGUGGAAGGACGUGACCAUCCUGCUAACCGGCAGCGCCUUGCCCGCCAUCGACGAGGCCCCCAAGCUGCAGUACGUCCAGCUGCAGAGCGCCGGCGCCAACCACAUCCUCAAGGACCCCCUGUUCCAGGACACGGACGUGAGCUUCUGCACCGCCAACGGCGUUCACGGACCUCAGAUCUCGGAGUGGAUCAUCACAACAUAUCUCUCAUUCCAGCAUCACCUUCCCAAGUACAUCGACAGCUACCGCGCCGGCCACUGGCAGCGCGGCAACGAGCUUGUCGAAGACGCCGUCGGCCGCACAAUAGGCAUCCUCGGCUACGGCAGCAUCGGCCGACAGACGGCGCGCGUCGCCACGGCCCUCGGCUUCAAGGUGCACGCCUACACCCUGCACCCGCGGCCGACGCCCGAGUCGCGGCGCGACAACUCGUACACGCCGCCGGGCCUCGGCGACCCGGAGGGCAAGUUCCCGUCGGCCUGGUUCUCGGGCGCCUCCAAGGCCGACCUGCACGCCUUCCUCGGCUCCGGCCUCGACCUGCUCGUCGUCGCCACGCCGCUGACGGACAAGACGAGCCACCUGCUCGCGGCGCCCGAGCUCGCCAUCCUCGCCGGGCGGCGCACCUUCAUCUCCAACAUCGCGCGGGGCCCCAUCAUCAACACGGACGACCUCAUCGCCGCCCUCGACGACGGCACCGUCCGCGGCGCCGCCCUCGACGUAACCGACCCGGAGCCGCUGCCCGACGACCACCCGCUGUGGAAGGCCAAGAACCUGCUCAUCACGCCCCACAUCAGCGGCAUGUCGGCGAGCUACCAGGACCGCGUCCUCGGCAUCCUGGACCUGAACCUGAAGAAGCUGAGCGAGGGCAAGAGGCUCACCAACCUCGUGAACAAGAAGGAGGGCUACUAG